AGAGGGAUCUGUAUCCACUGACGAUCUCUGGAGGAAGUUAGUGUCUCAGGCUGCGACGAGUAGCAACCUCGCUCCUCCUGGACAGUGUGAACUUUCUCCCGGGGAGGAACGACCGCUCCUCUCGGCUCCUGCUCCUUUCGGAUUUAAACUCGACACUAUCUUAGUAUCCCAGCUUCUUCUGCAGACUCCUCGAGCAGUUAACAUUAGACUUUCCAUCAUAGAUUUUCUUUUUUUUUUUUUUUGUUUUGCACUCGACAAUCUUUGCCUUCACCACCCAGAUAUGACCCGCUGAGCUCACUGCUAGUAUAAAUCAAACAGAUCGUUCAGAAGAAAGUCGUUUUUUCUUGUUAGUUCAGUCCCACCAGUGAGGAACACGGGCCAUGGAUCUGAGACAGGAGCUCCCCACAGUCUCCUCCGCCUCUCAAGUCCACCACGGCACGGCAGCAGCAGCGGCCGCCGCAGCAGCAGCAGCAGCAGCCGCCUCCAUCCCGGUGUCCAUGGCCGGGACCCUCAUGCGCGGCCCUCAGCUCAUCCUGCGCGCCGCGGACAAAUACCCGCGCACCCCGAAGUGUGCCCGCUGCAGGAACCACGGCGUGGUGUCCGCGCUGAAGGGCCACAAGCGCUACUGCCGCUGGAAGGACUGCAUGUGCGCCAAGUGCACGCUGAUCGCCGAGAGGCAGCGGGUGAUGGCGGCGCAGGUGGCGCUGCGGCGGCAACAGGCGCAGGAGGAGAACGAGGCGCGAGAGCUGCAGCUGCUGUACGGGACCGCGGAGGGGCUCGCGCUGGCCGCCGCCAACGGCAUCAUCCCACCGCGACAAAACUACGAGGUGUUCACCUCCGUCAGCGAGAGCAACUCAGAUUCAAGCAUCCACAAGUACGAGCUGUUUCAAAAGAGCCACAUGUCCGUAUCCGCCUCCUCUCAGCAGACUGCGGGGAAGUCCGCGUCCACCGAGAGCGACUCGGCCCCGGGCAUCUCUUCCCCCGACGGCCGCCACGGAGGCUCGGGCUCCGAGAACGGAGACAGCGAGUCCUUCAUCAGCUCUCCGGUCUCCAAGCCUCUGAAAGACGGAGGGGAAACUCCUCGCUCCGUCAGCUCCAUCGGCUCCGAUUCCGGCUCUGAGACCGACAAGGACGAGCAGGAGCCCUCCCCGUCCUCCGCGGCCUCCCGGCACAUGAACGCCAUCGACAUCCUGACCCGGGUGUUCCCCAGCCACAAGCGCAGCGUCCUGGAGCUCGUCCUGCAGGGCUGCGGUAAGGACGUGGUGCAGGCCAUCGAGCAGAUCCUCAACAACAGCGGCGCGCAGGGCUCCAACAAGGCCGGGGCGGAGGAGACAUGGACGGCCGAGAGGGUGCAGCAGCAGCCUCCCCACUCCUCCGCCUCCACCACCGCACCGACCAGGCCCAUGCUGCCCGGAGCCAUGACGCUCAGCAACCGCUCGGCCUUCUCUCCCCUCCAGCCGAACUCCCCGCACUUCGGCGACCCCAGCGCCUACCCUCUGGGCACCCACCUGGGCCUGAACCCGCUGCGGCUGGCCUACUCUGCGCACAGCCGGGGACUGGCCUUCAUGACGCCUUACUCCACCGCCGGGUUGAUGCCCACCCUGGGCUUCAGACCCCCGAUGGACUAUGCCUUCAGCGACCUGAUCAGGGACAGGACAAUGUUACACAAGGAGCAAGGCUAUUCCAGCGGCCUGUACGGGCCUUUGGUCAACAACACGCCGGAGAAGCAGUGAGGGCUGCUGGACUGACCGCAUGCAGACACGUUGCAUUGUGUUUGUUUAGCCACAAGUGUUGAAUGUUUUUGGCGAAAAAUCUGUGAUGUGUUUUGGCUGCAGGCUGCUGUACAUAAUAGGAUUGUCUGGCUUGUAGUCAAAAGGUCCGAGAGAGAGAGAGAGAGAGAGAGA